AACGUAUUCCGCAGGUAAUUACUUUCACUUAUGAAGUUUCGAGUUCAUCAUGAUGUCUCUCAUGCGUCUAUGAUCAUGAAUAGUUGGCGCGACAAAAGUUGCGAGUUCUCGUUCUUUCUUGAGAACAUUCAGAGCGUUGCUAACUUCGGGACGCGAGAAAUUGAAAAACACGCAGGGUUUGGAAAAGUAUUUGAGGGACAGUGAGCAGGAACGUUCUUUAAAGAGAUUUUCAAGCGUUACGUUAACAAAAGAUAUUAUGAAAGCCAUGGCCCAUCACUAUGUAGUGACGGCCCACAAGCCUACAGCAGUCACUGCAUGUGUAACCGGUAACUUCACAUCACCUUCUGAUCUCAAUCUAAUUUUGGCGAAAAAUAUGCGCCUUGAGAUUUAUCUUGUUACACCCGAGGGACUUAGACCGCUUAAGGAAGUUGGCAUUUAUGGAAAGAUUGCAGUAGUCAAAUUCUUCAGACCACCGCACGAAAAGAAAGACCUGCUCUUUCUUUUAACCACGCGCUAUAAUGCAAUGAUUUUGGAGUGUAUCGGUGAAGGAGAAGAUAUUGAAAUUAUAACAAAGGCACAUGGAAAUGUGGCAGAUCGCAUUGGAAAAGCAUCUGAAACAGGCAUUAAAGCAGUCAUUGAUCCCAAGGCACGUGUUAUUGGUCUCAGACUGUACGAUGGUCUCUUCAAGAUAAUUCCAUUGGAUAAGGAUAAUCCUGAAUUAAAGGCCUCCUCAAUCAGAAUGGAUGAACAACAAGUACAGGAUGUGAACUUUCUUCACGGAUGUGCUAAUCCAACGCUAAUACUAAUUCAUCAAGAUAUUAAUGGGAGACAUGUCAAGACACAUGAAAUCUCCUUGAGAGAUAAAGAAUUUGUCAAAAUUCCGUGGAGGCAGGAUAAUGUUGAACGUGAAGCCAUGAUGGUAAUUCCAGUGCCUUCGCCAAUUUGUGGCGCAAUCAUCAUAGGACAAGAGAGUAUUUUGUACCACGAUGGUACCACCUAUGUCGCGGUUGUUCCUCCUAUUAUUAAGCAGAGUACUAUUACAUGUUAUGCUAAAGUUGACAACCAGGGGCUUCGAUAUCUCUUAGGAGAUAUGGCAGGCCAUUUGUUCAUGCUAUUUCUGGAACAGGAGAAGAAGGCAGAUGGUUCUAUGGUAGUAAAAGACCUGAAGGUUGAACUUUUGGGUGAAGUUAGUAUUCCAGAAUGUAUUACAUACUUGGAUAACGGUGUUAUAUUCAUUGGUAGUCGACUGGGUGAUUCUCAAUUGAUUAAACUAAAUACAAAAGCGGACGAAAAUGGUUCCUAUUGUGUACCCAUGGAAACCUUCACAAAUCUAGCACCCAUAGUCGACAUGGCCGUUGUGGACUUAGAGCGGCAAGGUCAGGGUCAGAUGGUUACCUGCUCUGGAGCAUUCAAAGAGGGUUCAUUGAGGAUCAUAAGAAAUGGCAUUGGUAUCCAGGAACAUGCUAGUAUCGAUUUACCUGGUAUCAAGGGUAUGUGGGCGCUAAAAGUAGGUGGUGGUAAUUUUGACAAUACCCUGGUGCUGUCGUUCGUCGGACAAACGAGAAUCUUGACACUCAAUGGAGAAGAGGUUGAGGAGACUGAUAUACCUGGAUUUGUAGCUGAUGAACAAACCUUCCAUACUGGAAAUGUUACAAAUGAUCUAUUCAUACAAAUCACACCCACGUCUGCUAGACUUAUUUCAAAUGAAACCUCGACUGUCGUAUCGGAAUGGCAACCGGAAAACAAAAGGACGAUCAGUGUUGUAGCAUGUAAUGGUACCCAGGUACUUUGCGCAACUGGAAACGACCUCUUCUACAUGGAAAUAAGUAAUGGUAAAAUAGUACCCAAAGGAUUUACGACUCUUCAGCACGAGGUUGCAUGUCUUGAUAUUUCGCCGUUGGAUGGUAAUAGCGAAGCACACAUCGUCGCCGUCGGCCUUUGGACAGACAUAUCUGUAAGAAUAUUGACUCUGCCGGCUCUGGAGGAAAUUAACAAGGAAUUACUAGGUGGUGAGAUAAUACCGAGGUCUAUUCUGAUGACUUGUUUCGAAGGGAACACUUAUUUGCUCUGUGCUCUUGGGGACGGGAGUAUGUACUACUUUACACUUCACAAACAGAAUGGUUUACUUUCCGACAAGAAAAAAGUUACCCUUGGAACUCAACCUACCGUACUACGUACCUUUAGAUCACUCUCCACAACAAAUGUCUUUGCUUGCUCCGACAGACCUACUGUUAUAUAUUCUUCUAAUCAUAAGCUUGUAUUUAGUAAUGUCAAUCUUAAGGAAGUGAAUCACAUGUGUUCCCUAAAUGCGGAAUCAUAUCCUGACAGUCUCGCACUGGCAACGGAUAGUACUGUCACUAUUGGAACAAUUGACGAAAUACAGAAACUCCACAUUAGGACGGUACCACUUGGUGAAUCUCCACGGCGAAUAGCUUAUCAGGAGAGUUCUCAGACAUUUGGAGUAAUAACAAUGCGCAUUGACAUGCAGGAGACUAGUGGUGUCAGUAUUGUCAGACCAUCUGCUUCAACACAAGCAGCUUCAACUUCCAGCAGUAGUCACAUCUCUUCGCAUAGUAAACCAGGACAUACAACCAGUGACAUUGGCCAAGAAAUUGAGGUUCAUAACCUCUUAAUAAUUGAUCAACACACCUUUGAAGUACUCCAUGCUCAUACCCUGAUGCCUUCUGAGUACGCCAUGUCCUUGAUCUCAACAAAACUAGGAGAAGAUCCUACUUCAUACUUUGUUGUUGGUACAGCUCUCGUCAAUCCAGAUGAAACCGAGUCGAAAAUGGGUAGAAUCCUAUUAUAUCACUGGGCAGACGGAAAACUUACCCAAAUAGCUGAGAAGGAGAUCAAGGGUGCAUGUUAUUCGCUGGUUGAAUUUAAUGGGAAACUACUUGCCAGCAUUAACAGUACAGUACGUCUCUUUGAAUGGACUGCAGAGAAGGAGCUUCGGCUCGAGUGCAGCCAUUUCAAUAACAUAAUUGCACUGUUUCUUAAAACCAAAGGGGACUUCGUACUAGUUGGUGAUCUCAUGAGAUCACAGACCCUCUUACAAUACAAAACCAUGGAAGGUAGCUUUGAAGAGAUAGCAAGAGAUUACAAUCCUAACUGGAUGACAGCUAUAGAGAUCCUUGAUGAUGACACCUUCCUGGGUGCCGAGAAUUGUUUCAAUUUGUUUGUCUGUCAGAAAGAUAGUGCUGCUACGUCGGAGGAAGAAAGACAACAAAUGCAGGAAGUUGGACAGUUUCACUUAGGAGACAUGGUAAACGUCUUCAGGCAUGGAUCGUUGGUGAUGCAACACCUGGGUGAAUCAAGUACACCAACCCAGGGUUGCGUUUUAUUUGGAACAGUUGGUGGUGCCAUUGGCCUGGUUACGCAAAUUCCAUCCGGUUUUUAUGAGUUCCUGCGCAACCUCGAAGACAGGCUAACUUCCGUUAUUAAAAGCGUAGGAAAGAUUGAGCACAAUUUCUGGAGGAGCUUCAAUACUGAUUUAAAAAUCGAACAAUGCGAAGGAUUCAUAGAUGGAGAUUUGAUUGAGAGUUUUCUAGACUUGAGUCAUGAUAAAAUGACAGAGGUUGCUGCUGGACUUUUGAUUGACGACGGCAGCGGUAUGAAAAAAGAAGCCACGGUAGACGAUUUGGUAAAAAUCGUUGAAGAUUUGACAAGGAUACAUUAGGCUGAGAAAGAAUAGUUUUUAUGUGAAUUUUAAAUUCUACGAUUAACAUGGUAGAAUAGAGACUGCGAGAGAAAGCAAGGAAUUGUUAAUAUAUGUACGUCUGAUUACGGAUGCGUGUGUGGAUGUGAGUGAGCAAAUGAUUUAGAAUGAUUACAAUUACAAUGAUUUAUUAACAAAAACAGGAUGAUAAAGUUGUCAAUGAAUGCGCAGUGGCGAACAAUACAUCCCUGUACAAAGAAGGGAGGGUUCCUUUAAAAUUCCUAACGAUUCGAUCGUCCUCCUUGGAGAUUUGAGAUGAAAAUGUUCCAGAGUUUUAUACAAAUAGCAAGAACGUCAAAUUAUUGGAAACUAGUAUUAAAAUUUAAACAUUCGACUAGCUUACUUGGUCACGAAAAACGAUAAUACUUAACAAAAGUAUUAUUGAUUCUAAAACAUUGGCGCAGUGUUAAAAUAAAAAUGUUCACUUUGUUUUUCAUGAUCACAUGUAACUCACACCUUCAUCAUCGUGCGUUACCCGUUUUCUUUUUUAAUAUGAAUGAGUAUAACAAAUUCAGUAACCAUAUGUAACAACGUCCUUGCAUAUGAAGCAUUAUCUCUGUCCAAGAUGCGUUUGAACUCCGAUCUGUAGUAACUAUAUAUAUUAUACAGUUAUAAGUUGAAGUGUAAAUAAAGCGAAGUAUCAAUGAA